AUGACUGAAGUAAUGCAACCCGCCGGGGAUGUGCUCUCCGAGAAGAAAAAGAAGAAAAACAAAGAGACUCCAUUGUUAUUAAAUAACUUUGAUAGCUUGAAUGUGCGCACAAACCAUUAUACACCACUGCCGUUCGGUCAUUCGCCUUUGAAAAGACCUAUUACUGAUUAUAUCAAGUCUGAUUUCAUCAACGUCGACAAGCCGAGCAACCCCAGUUCCCACGAAGUCGUAACUUGGAUAAAACGAAUUUUAAAGGUUGAGAAAACUGGUCAUUCUGGCACACUCGAUCCUAAAGUUACUGGUUGCCUCAUCGUCUGCAUUGACGGAGCGACGCGACUAGUGAAGUCACAGCAGAACGCAGGUAAAGAGUACGUAGCUGUUUUUAGUUUGCAUUCUGCAGUAGAAAAUGUUAAGAAAGUCACUCAAGGCUUAGAAAAACUCAGGGGUGCUUUGUUUCAAAAACCACCCCUCAUAUCUGCUGUUAAACGUCAACUCCGUGUUCGCACAGUAUAUGAUAGUAAGUUGCUUGAUUUUGAUGCUGAACGUAACAUCGGUGUUUUCUGGGUGAGUUGUGAAGCGGGUUCAUAUAUACGUACUAUGAGUGUUCACUUGGGCUUGAUGCUUGAAGUAGGAGGACAAAUGAUCGAACUCCGACGUGUUCGAUCUGGAAUUCAAGGUGAAAAAGAAGGUAUGGUUACAAUGCAUGAUAUCUUGGAUGCACAGUGGGCAUAUGAGAACCACAAAGAUGAAUCAUACAUUCGUAGAGUUAUAAAACCCCUGGAGGGCUUAUUAAUAGCACAUAAGAGGAUCUUUAUUAAAGACAGUGCGGUCAACGCAGUGUGCUACGGUGCAAAAGUCUUGUUGCCUGGCAUUUUGAGAUACGAAGAUGGUAUUGAAAUAGAUCAAGAAAUAGUAAUAGUUACGACAAAGGGAGAGGCUGUAGCAUUAGCUAUCGCUCUAAUGACAACGUCGACCAUGGCAUCAUGUGAUCAUGGAGUAGCAGCUAAACUAAAGAGAGUUAUUAUGGAACGAGACACAUACCCGAGGAAAUGGGGUCUUGGACCAAAAGUAUCUCACAAAAAGCAACUCAUAUCCCAAGGUAAACUAGAUCAACACGGUAAACCAAACGAAAAUACACCAGCAGAAUGGUUAAACAGCUAUGUCGAUUAUAAAGUUAAGAAAGAGAAUAAAAACGAUGAAGUAGAAACAGAGAGUACUAGAAAAAGGACAGCAAGUACUGCUUAUGCUGAUGAUCCUAAUAAUUCUGCAGAAAUUAGAUCUAAAAAGAAGAAGAAACGUGACUUGGAUGAAACCGUUGGUGGUGCUAGAACCACAGAAGCUGCGGAUGUGACCAUAGAAGAUAGUGAUGACUCUGUACACAAAGAAAAGAAAAAGAAGAAGAAACGUGACUUGGAUAAGACCAUUCGUGAUGAUACAACCAUAGAGGCUGUGGACUUGACUACAGAGGGUCAUGAUGACUCUGUACGUAAAGAAAAGAAAAAGAUAAAACAUGGCCUAGAAGAAACUGUUACCGUGGUUAGAAACAGGUGGUGGUGGCUGCGGACGUGA